AUGAUGGAAAAGACCGCUGAAUGCCUCGGAAUAACGCCAGAUGUCAUUUAUACUGAGGCGAAAAUGAAGGUAUUGACCACCCCUAAAUUAGCAGUUUUCGAAGACGAAGAGAAGGCACGAUUACUCAAAGAGCUGCUCAAUAGUACGAAUCCGGACGAUCUACAAGCAGCGAAUCGUCUUAUCCAAUCUCUAGUAAAAAGU